UUUCCGGAGUGUGUUGGCGGGCAGCGGCUGGGGUGAGAGGUCAGGCGGGAACGGACUCGCUGUCGGGCCUCCGCCCCCGCCCCUGCCCCUGCGAGGAACAGCGCUGCAGAAAAUAUGUGUUAUACCUGCGCCCCGGUGAAAGGAUCGAUGGACAUGUACUUCAAAGUCCCUCUGCUCCUCCACAUCACUCAUCUUCAGGAACUGCAGUGUGAAGGCACUUUGGUAAGAAUCCAUCUAUUUACCAAUGAAACCAACCAACCAGCUCAACAGGCUACGUGCGAAUUCCAGCUCAACUUAGGGGGAGUGUAGUUGCUGUCCGGGACUUUGCCAGCGGUGGACAGAGCUGUGCAACGUCCUCGCUUUCCGCCCUGCACUUCCGGCGCACAUCCAUCAACAUGGCUGCCGCUCCCGAGCAGGAGCCUCUGGAGGAAGAAUUAACCUGCACCAUCUGCCUGGAGAUUUUCACUGAGCCCGUCAUCCUCAGCUGCAGACACAGCUUCUGCCGAGCCUGCGUGGAGGAGGUGUGGAGGGAGCCUGAUUCUGGCACUUACGCCUGCCCCCAGUGUCGAACAGGCUCCACGGUCCGGCCUGUCCUGGAGAAGAACUUCCAACUGGCAAACAUCGUGGAGAGGUACAUGGCUCUGGAGAUCUCCAAGGAGGCUGUCCCUUGCAGCUACUGCACCAAGAAGAAGCGCUCCGCCGUGAAAAGCUGCCUUCGGUGCCAAGUAUCGAUGUGCUCCACGCAUCACGGGUUGCACAGCGAGAACGCGAUGCUGAAGAACCACCCUCUCACGGAUCCCACUUCAGACACGGCAAUGGGGAAAUGUACAGUACACCAGAAGCUGCUGGAGAUCUACUGCAAGGACGACGCUAUCUGUGUCUGCACCUUCUGCGCUCUAUUGGGAAAUCACAAGGGCCAUGAAGUCAUCAGCAUCAGCGAGGCAGUGAGCGAGCUGAGAAAUAAUUUGAAGGAACAGCAAGAGAAGUUCAGGGUUAGUGCUGACACAUCGCAGGUUGCUCUGAAAGGUCUUCAGAAAGAAAAGCAAGAUGCUUUGGAAGCAAUGAAGAAGAAGAAAAUAAACAUUGAGAAGAAAUACAAGGUGCUCAGGCAACAGAUUGAAGAUGAGGAGAAAGAAGCUUAUGAACAGCUGAAUAAGGAGCAGAUUCGUGUAACAUCAGAGAUUGAUGGCAGGAUCCUUGCUCUCCAGAAUUUGAUGAAAGAAUUUGAAGAAUCUAUUGACCACCUCAAUGACCUUUCGAAGAAGAAUGAAGACAUCCUGUUUAUUGAGGGAUUUAACUCUCUUGCUAAACGGUUCAAGGAUGUCUCACUGCCAUUUAUACCCACACCUUAUACUUCAGGUGAGAUGCAAGUAACAGACCCAAUAAGAUGUACAGAUGAGGGAACUGAAGAGGAGAGGGACAGAGAAAUGAUGAUCCAGCUGUAUGGGCAGACACCGAUUCUGGAUCCAGACACGGCCAAUCCCUACCUUAUCCUAACAGACAAUAACAGAACAGUGUCUGCGUCGAGCCAGAUACAGCUGUUUCAGAGAAGUGCACAGAGGUUUGAUCGAUGGCCUCAGAUCCUUGGUACCGAGUGCGUGAGCUGCGGCCGAUCCUACUGGGAGGUAGAGGUUAGGGAGGGGGGUGGGGCCUGGAGCAUUGGAGUUUGCUACGCAAGCAUCAACAGAAAGGGGGAGGGAGAUGAUUGUCUGUUGGGAUUUAACAACAAGUCCUGGUGCAUCCAUUCUGGGCCAUAUGUACUUUCAAGCCUACACAAUGGGAAAAAGAUUGCGGAGUUUGCGGGAAAACCCUCCACAGUGGGAGUUUUUGUGGAUUUUGAAGGCGGAGUUAUCUCCUUUUACAGUGUGUUGGGCAGAAAAAUAACCUUGUUGUACACCUUCCAUGGAACAUUCACUGAACCUCUCUGCCCAGCACUGCGGCUUCGAACUGGUGUCACUCUGUCCCUGUCUGCCCUGAAGUAACUUGUAUCAGGGCCACUGUGCAACUUAUCUCCCAUCAUUUCAUUCCUUUUUCCAAAAGAAUCUGCAAGGCACCACCUUUCAUCUCAAAGCACCCACCCCUCCUGAUCUCGUAGCUUUGUCUGUCUGGGGGACAGACCACUGCAGCCACCUGCAACUAGAAGAAUUAGUCAACACAAGAGCUUCAGCCUUUUGGAAUUCAACUGUACCCUUGAGCUGCAUUCAGUGUUCUGCUGUAACAAAUCUUACAACCAGUGCUUUUGGAAGUAAACUUCUUGUGGAAGGAUCUUCAUUCUCAUCACCAUGGUUUCACUGAGCAACACUUUUCUCGUUAACCAAAACAUUCACACGACACAAUUGGUCCCAUUCUUGAUGGCUGUCUCAGUGCUUGUUAAUCCUUCCAAGGACCACUGAAGAUGAACUGUGUGUGACUGAAUAAGUUUUACCUCCAGUCUUAACACUUCUCUAUGAUACCCUUGUCAACACGUUAUGAAUUUAAAAUGGAAUCUGUUGGCUGAGCAGGUUAAAAUAUAAUUGGAUCUUUGAAGGGGAGGCCUGGGUGUGGUGGUUAGCUCCAAGGGAAUGUGGCCUGUCUUUGUUGAAACAGAUCAGAAUCUAAGCAGAAUUAUCUUCAUUUGGUUUAUAUCACAGGUUUUUACUUUGCGUAAAAACUUGGAAACCUAUUUCAUAUUUUAUACGUCAAGCAAAUCAAAUGAUUCACUUACUAAUGUGCAUAGAUUCCAGACAGGCAGAGGAAUGAGGCAGGGUCCUGUGCAGCAUCUGAAACAGUCGCAUUUAUUCUCUCUAGCCCAUUUAUCAGUCAUCUUAAAUGGAAGGUAAUUAAUCUAUCAUAGAUAUGUUUGAUACCUUUUAUGGUACUGCCAGUUACUUGCUGUGUACUUUUGCUUCUGUAUGUUUUUUUUAAUUUGUUACUAGUUUCACCCCAAGCCAAAUGGCUAGAUUUAAUUUCAUACCUGUGUGUUACUUCAAAUGCAAAAUUAUCACAGGAAAGGGCUAUUCUUUUGGUGGGAUACUCCCAAAUGCUUCAUCUAUAAAAGAGUAUUUCAGAUCGUAAUACAUUUGUUUCUUGAAACUGUCUUUACUAGAAUAAAAAAAGAUUUUGCAUUCAUCUAUGAAUAGUGACGUGGGAUCUUCUGGUUCUGCUGAUGGCCCCUGGCCUUUCUAUAACUGCAGAUGUAAGCACACCAACAGCCACACUAUUAAGACAUUUUUAUGGGCGUCCCAUUACUGUGAUGGAACUUCUCAAAAGGAAUCCGACUUCACAUUUAGAUUGAUUGCGAUUUAUUUCUUGAAUGUGUCUUGACUGAGUUGAUUGUGAGGAUGGAUAAGAAAGUAAAACCUUGUGCUCUCGGCACGCAACCGGAAAAUCUUAAUUCAAACCGUGUUAGAGCUCCCUACAAAGGUUUAAGAGAAAGAAACCUUUAAACUGAGUUAUAUUAAGUCUACAGCACAGAAAGAUGCCGUACUAUCUAACUGGUUGAUAUCAACACUAAUAUGUUUACAUGAGACUCCUCUCUGUCUAACUACUGUUCAUUUCUUACAUAUACCUGCUCUUAAAUUUCCUCUUAAAUGUAUCUCUG